CCCCUGAUCGUUCAGUCACGAUUAGCACGGGUUGCGCGGGGGCAUAUCGACUAGUAUUACGCGCGUAUUACCGCGGCUUACACGUGUUAUUGUACGUACGGGUAAUCAUACCGCGAAGUUAAUUCUUAUUAUUCAAUCUUUUUUACCUUUGUUUGUUAUUUACAUGAUUAUAAUAAAAAUGAGUUAGUUAUUGAUGUUAAAAUUAUGCUAUAACAGUGUUCCUUUAUAUGAUAAAAUAUUUUUAAUUGUAAUAAUUUUAUGCGAUUUUUGAAUGAUUAUAAAAAAAGCGUCAAAAGCAAUGUCGAAUGUAUAUGAAAGCCUUAUUCUUGUGGAAAUUGUCGAUGAUGUGUGUGUAUAAAGUGGGUUAUUUUGAACCGUAAAUAUGACUUGGACAGAAGAAUUAGACGAAGCGUCUGUGCUCGCAACAAAGAAGGGUUACUGGCAUAUUGUUCUCUUCUAUUUGCUAUGUGGACUUGCCGCUAUACCCACUUCUUUCUUAGUCUUCUCUCAGGUCUUCAUCAAUGCUACACCUAAGCACUGGUGCGCACCACCUCCAGCACUGAAAGGGUUGGACCUCCCAACUGACCUAUUGCGGAACCUGACAGUACCAGGAGAUAAAAGUAAUGAAGCUUGUAACAGCUACUCACUCAAUAUGGAAGAAUUAUAUACGGCACUCGAUGACUAUGUGAUAGAAAGAUCUAAGAUCAUCAGAGUAGGAGAUAUAGUUACUACGUUGAAGACUAAGGAGUUUGUCCCUGCUUUUGGAUUGAAAGAGAGAAAAGAACAGUUACGUCGCGUCCAGGAAGCUAUUUUGACGACUCGCGGAGAGCCUACAACAUGUCCACAUGGUUGGCAGUUCAGCACCGAACAUUACAAAACCACUUUAGUUACAGAAUUUUCAUUAGUCUGCGAUAAAGAUUGGCUUCCAAGAACGAGUAACACACUUUUCUGGGUGGGCUCAAUAUUUGGCAAUUUGUUCUUCGGGUGGUUCUCUGACAGAUACGGGCGUCGUCCAACCAUCCUCCUCAUGAUCCUGCUGGAAGUACCUUUAGCAAUCGCUGCGUCAUUCCCAGGAAACUAUUGGACAUACAUUGCCUUGAGAGUUUCUGGAGGACUUUUCUUCCCAGCACUUUACCAAUUGCCUUUUAUCCUGGCUUUGGAGUUGAUGCCACCGUCCAGGAGAACAUAUACUGGUAUCGUGGUAGGAAUGUUGUUCGCAAGUGGAAUGUGCUUGUUGGCACUUCUGGCAUAUCUAUUGCGAGACUGGUUCUAUCUCUCAUUGGCAACCAGUCUUCCGUUCAUUUUAUUAUUCGGUUAUUACUGGUUAAUUCCCGAAUCUCCAAGAUGGUUAGUUGGCAGAGGCCGUGUCGCUGAUGCAGAGAAAGUUCUAAGAAACCUGGCUAAGAGAAAUGGUAUAACAUUACCACAUGGAUUUUUAAUAGAAUUACACAAAAAAAUCAAAGCAGAUGAAGAUACUGAUAUAUCUAUCGUUCCUAAUGGUCAAAUACUAGAGAGAGAAAGAGAAAGCUAUAUGGAUAGGCGAAUAAGCAAUAUGCUUCCAUACAAACCUGAUUUUAGGAAAAUUAACGAAACAAAUAAUGAAAGCAAAGAAAGCUUAGAAAAGACAGUGACAAUAAGUAUUGACGCAUCCCAGAAUUAUAAAAGAGACUCAGAAGAUCAUAAUGACGAAAUGUCAAAUUCAGAAGAAUUCUCCACUUUAGAACCACAGCAAAAACCAUUACCAGUAGAUUAUACAUCAUCAAUAAAUACAUUUAGAAGAAAAUCUAUUCAAAUAGUAAAUAAGAUACUUUUGAAAGAAGAAGAAGAUAUUGUUGAAAAGAAGAGAAUGGACGAUCAGAACUCAGAAGGAGAUUGUAAAGCAUCUCCUUUAGAUGUAUUCAGAUAUCCUAAUAUUAGGAAAAAGUUUUUAAUACUUACAUUUAAUUGGAUAGCAUUAGGUGUAGUUUAUAAUAGUUUAAGUUACAACACACCAAAUUUAGGUGUCGAUGAUUAUUUAGCUUUUUUUAUUGGUGGUGCAGUAGAAAUACCAUCAUAUUUUAUUGCCUUGCAAUGCAUGGAAAGGUACGGACGGCGUUGGGUUUUGUGCGUCUUCAUGAGUGUUGGUGGCGUCGCUUGUCUUAGCUGUGCUCUAGUUCCUGAAGCCUGGCCCUGGAUAACGGUGUCUCUAGCGAUGUUGGGCAGGCUGUGUGCGGCGGCUUCCUUCUCAGUCUUCUACGUGCAAAUCGGGGAGUUGCUGCCAACAGUCGUGCGGGCUCAAGCCAUGGGCGCAUCUUCCGUCAUCGCCGGCGUUGGGUUAUUGACCUGCCCAUACAUUGUGUCUUUGGCGUCCUACUCCAGAUCUCUUCCACUCAUCAUCAUGGGUGUUUUGAGUGUAGUUGCGGGGAUAACAUCACUUUUUCUGCCGGAAACCUUAAACCAACUGCUACCUCAGACUCUGGAAGAUGGAGAGUCGUUUGGAAGAGACUUCAAAAUGUUGAGUUGCGUUAAUACGUGAUGAUGGACAUUUAAAAUGUUAAAAUAGUGUCUUAGUGUUUAUGUCUGUGUUUCAUAUGUAUGUAUAUUUUAAAAUUACAUUAAUUCAGUCUUCUAUUUCCAUAUAAGAGUAGGAACAGGAAACUCAGCUUACCAUAAUAUACAUUAAGAUAAAAGCGAAUUAAUAUAGAUGUCACCAUUUUAUAAAACGACCAAAUCAUCUAUAUUAAUAUCUUAUAU